AUGAGUGACCAGAGCACAGUUGUCUCUGUCCCCCCAUUCAUGACUGUGACCCAGGUUGGUGUCCUGACCCCAUUCACAGGUUCAGUGCGGCCAUAUGAGAACAUGCCAUACAGUGUGUACAAGCUUCGUCAACGCUAUGGUGACGUGUUCAGCCUGCAGAUGGCCUGGAAGCCCGUGGUCGUGAUCAAUGGACUGAAGGCGGUGCGGGAAGUGCUGGUGACCUGCGGAGAGGACACUGCUGACCGCCCUCCAAUGCCCAUCUAUGAUCACAUGGGCUAUGGGACCAAAGCAAAAGGUGUGGUGUUAGCUCCUUAUGGGCCUGAAUGGCGAGAACAGCGGCGAUUCUCUGUGUCCACCAUGCGAGACUUUGGCCAGGGCAAGAAAUCCCUGGAGCAGUGGGUGACCGAGGAGGCUGGACACCUCUGUGACGCCUUCACCAAGGAGGCAGGCCAAGCAUUUAAUCCCACCACCUUCCUGAACAAAGGUGUAUGCAAUGUGAUUUCAUCCCUCAUUUAUGCCCAGCGCUUCGAGUAUGAAGACCCUUUCUUCAAUGGGCUGCUCAAAACACUAGAGGAAAGUUUUGGAGAGGACACUAAAUUCACUGCUGAGCUGCUGAACGCAGUCCCGGUGCUUCUUUGCAUCCCGGGACUGCCUGGCAAAGUCUUCACCAAGGUGAAAGAGUUCAUGGACUCACUAGAUAAGAUGCUGAUUGAACACAAGAAAACCUGGGACCCUGCCCAGCCACCCCGAGACCUGACAGAUGCCUUCCUGGCUGAGAUGGAGAAGGCCAAGGGGAAUCCUGAGAGCAGCUUCAACGAUGGGAACCUGCGUGCAGUAGUAAGUGACCUGUUCACUGCAGGGAUGGUGACAACCUCAACCACACUGUCCUGGGCCCUGCUGCUCAUGAUCCUACACCCGGAUGUGCAGGAAGGUCAAAUUAGAGCCACUAAGGGACUGCCUCACUGAGGGGAGGCUGUUUCUCCAGGCUGCAUCCAACAGGAGAUCGAUGAAGUCAUAGGGCAGGCGAGGCGUCCAGAGAUGGCAGACCAGGGCCGCAUGCCCUACACCAAUGCUGUCAUUCAUGAGGUGCAGAGAUUUGGUGACAUCGCCCCAAUGAAUUUACCACAUAUGACAUCCCAUGACAUUGAAGUACAGGGCUUCCUCAUCCCCAAGGGGACGACCCUCCUGACCAACCUGUCCUCAGUGCUGAAGGAUGAGACUGUCUGGGAGAAGCCCCUCCGCUUCCAUCCUGAGCACUUCCUGGAUGCCCAGGGCCGCUUUGUGAAACAUGAGGCCUUCAUCCCAUUCUCAGCAGGCCGCCGAGCUUGCCUGGGGGAGCCCCUGGCCCGUAUGGAGCUCUUCCUCUUCUUCACCUGCCUCCUGCAGCGCUUUAGCUUCUCGGUGCCCAAUGGACAGCCCCGACCCAGUGACUAUGGCAUCUUCACAUUGCCAGUUACCCCCACCCCCUACGAGCUCUGUGCAGUUGUAUGCUAG